UUGGCGCAUAUGAGCAGCAGCGACGCUGUAAUUGCACUGUCUCUCUGUCUCUAACCACCAUGGCAGGCGCACUCGCAAACGCAAAGAAGGACCUCCCCAAAGUUAGAGAUGAGGAGCACGAAUCCAGGUUUGGCCAGGUUUUUGGUGUAUCUGGUCCUGUCGUCAUCGCCGAGAACAUGAAUGGUUGUGCUAUGUAUGAGCUUGUCCGUGUUGGACAUGAUGAGCUCGUAGGAGAGGUCAUCCGAAUUGAUGCCGAUAAGGCGACCAUCCAGGUUUAUGAGGAGACUUCCGGUGUUACUGUCGGCGAUCCUGUCCUUAGGACAGGCAAGCCACUGAGUGUGGAACUUGGACCCGGUCUGAUGAGUAACAUCGUCGAUGGAAUUCAGCGUCCGCUCCGAUCUAUCCAAGAGCUUUCAAAGUCGAUAUAUAUCCCUCGCGGUAUCAACACCGAAGCUCUCGAUCGUAAUCUGCAAUGGGACUUUAACCCUGUCAACUUCAAGGUUGGCGAUCACAUUGCAGGAGGUGACAUCUUUGGCCGCGUAUACGAGAACUCGCUAGUCGACAACCACAAGGUGAUGCUUUCACCAAGAGCCCUGGGUACAAUCACUCGUGUCGCUGAGAAGGGUAGCUAUGCCGUCAAUGACAUCGUGCUGGAAACCGAGUUCGAGGGUCGGACAACGAAACACACUAUGAUGCAAGUCUGGCCCGUCCGAGCACCUCGACCUGUCACUGAAAAGCAUACUGCUGACCACCCAUUACUCACUGGCCAACGUAUCCUCGACGCCCUCUUCCCUUGUGUACAGGGUGGAACCACUGCUAUUCCUGGUGCUUUUGGUUGUGGCAAGACGGUCAUUUCACAAGCUAUUUCCAAGUACUCUAACAGUGACAUUAUGAUUUACGUCGGAUGUGGUGAGCGAGGAAACGAGAUGGCCGAAGUAUUGAUGGAUUUCCCUGAAUUAACCAUGGAAGUCGGCGACCGUCAAGAACCCAUCAUGAAGCGUACCACUCUCGUUGCCAACACCUCCAACAUGCCUGUCGCCGCCCGAGAAGCAUCCAUCUACACCGGUAUCACCCUUGCAGAGUACUUCCGUGACCAAGGAAACAAUGUCGCUAUGAUGGCUGACUCGACUUCACGUUGGGCUGAAGCCCUGCGUGAAAUCUCAGGUCGUUUAGCUGAGAUGCCGGCGGACUCGGGUUAUCCUGCUUAUCUUGGUACCAAAUUGGCUGGAUUCUAUGAGCGUGCCGGUAAGGUCACUUGCUUAGGAAACCCAGUCCGUCAGGGUACCGUCUCUAUCGUUGGCGCUGUUUCGCCGCCGGGUGGCGACUUCUCAGAUCCUGUGACCGCUGCUACACUCGGUAUCGUGCAGGUGUUCUGGGGUUUGGAUAAAAAGCUUGCCCAACGAAAGCACUUCCCAUCUGUGAACUGGAGCUUGUCUUAUUCCAAAUACACCAAGAUCUUGGAGCCACACUAUGAGGCAACUGAACCGGGAUUUGUCGAGCUUCGUACACGUACCAAGGAGAUCCUACAAAAGGAAGAAGACCUCGCAGAAAUCGUGCAGCUGGUCGGAAAGAGUGCACUCGGCGAGAGUGACAAGAUCACUCUCGAGGUGGCGCGAAUGUUGAAGGAUGAUUUCUUACAGCAGAACGGUAUGAGCGAGUACGAUCGCUUCUGCCCAUUCUACAAGACCAGUGCGAUGUUGCGGAACUUCGUGACGUUCCAUGACCUGGCGUUAAAGGCUGUCGGACAAGGGGACCUCACGUUCGCAAGGAUCAGGGAGUCCGCAGGUGAUGUCAUGUACAAACUCUCCCAGAUGAAGUUCGAGUCGCCGACUCAAGGUAAGGAUGAGAUGAAGACGAAGAUGGACGCACUAUACAACGAGAUCCAAGAGAAGUUCCGGCAGUUGGUAGAAUAAACGAGUAACGUAUACCCGCGACAACCUUUGUUUGCAUUGUAUGUCCUGGACCUUUUUUCUUCACUGCAAUUCUAUAUCUGCAGUUUCCGCUUCCAGCGUUUCCAGCAGGGUUUUGUCUGAGGGCGAUGCAUAUGACGUCACGGCUUUCGAUUCUUUCGUCUUCAGUUGUUCUAUCGCUUGUCGAGCUGCUACGAAUGCGAAUCCCUCCACACGGAUGUGUCUGUGUUGUCUGCCUUCAUAUUGACACGACUAUUUAUUAGGCUGAAUAUCAAGAUAUUCUCAAAGCUGAAUAUGUGCCUUUCAAUCAGCUGCGGAGCGAGCAUUCGGCCCCUAGCCUUAGACUCUCCUAGCCCCUCCAGAGCGGUC